AUGGCAUCAUAUUCUCCAGGGUUUGUUAGCCUUUUAACAAGCCAAACCGGAGAAUUUAGCACUCCAGGGUUUGUGAACCUCUCAGGUUCUGAAUCCAUAGACCUCGAGUCACCUGAUCUUCCAACUUUUAGCAGCCACUCCUCAGAAGCAUCUACUGUCAAGGAGAGGAGGAAAUGGUCUCCGAAGGAGGAUGUUAUUCUCAACAGUGCUUGGCUCAACACCAGCAAGGAUCCAAUAGUAGGGAAUGAGCUAAAGUUGGGAACUUUCUGGUCAAGGAUCCAGAAUUACUACAACUCAAGUGUUCAGCAUGUUGGGUUGGACACUAGGGAGCUAGGUCAGUGCAAGCAAAGGGACCAAUCAAGCGGUGAGAAUGACAAUGAUGUGAUGAAGAAAGCACUAGACAUGUUCUUCAAUGACCGUGGUUGUAAUUUCACUCUAGAACAUGCCUGGAGAGAGCUUAGGCAUGACCAGAAAUGGUGCUCUGCGUAUAAGGCUAAGGAUAGUUCUAAAGUGAAGCGGAAGACGGUUGGUGGUGAUGUUCAAGGCGAUGAGGAGGUUACUGGUGCUAGGCCUCCGGGUAUCAAGGCUGCUAAAGCGGCUAAGAAAAAGAAAGGUGUUCAAGAGGAAUCUAAUCACACGGAGUUAAGAACAGUGUUGGAGAUGAAAGACAAACUAAACAAGCAGAAGUUGCUGGAGAAGUUGCUUGAGAAGCUUGACCCUCUUUCUGAGAUGGAAAUCACAGAGGAGUCUAAUCUCUUGUUGUUUUCUGUCACAGGUGGAAUAGAUGACCACGGGAGCAGAGCACAGGAGCACAACACUGCUAUCUUUUGUGAUAUGGUGGACGAAUAUCUCCGCAUGGGUGAGACCACUGCCUUAUUGUGUUUGGAAAAAUUUACUGAAGGAAUCAUAGAUUUAUAUGGAGAGGAGUAUUUACGAAGACCCACACCUGAAGAUCUUCAACGACUACUUGAUAUCGGAGAGGUACACGGUUUCCUUGGGAUGAUAGGAAGCAUUGACUGUAUCUUGAACGAUAUUAACGUCCUUGAUCGGUCUCCGGUUUUUGAUGACAUUAUCUAUGGUCGAGCUCCAAGAGUUGAAUUCACCGUCAACGGUCACAAGUAUCAUAGGGCCUACUACCUCACCGACGGUAUAUAUCCAAAGUGGCCUACCUUUAUCCAAUCCAUCUCUAUUCCUCAAGGUCCAAAGGACGUGUUAUUUGCAGAACGUCAAGAAGCCGCCAGAAAAGAUGUCGAGCGUGCAUUUGGAGUCUUGCAAGCUCGUUUUGCAAUUCUCUCCUUUUAUAAGCAUGAAGAAGGUGUUUGGUGGCUCACAAUCUUUGACAAAACCAACGUCAACAAUUUCAGCUCACCGUCCAUGCCGUCACCGUCCAUGCCGACCAACACGUAA